UUCGAUUAUUUCCCGAUGCCCACGCCGAACAUGUAAUAAUAUGGCUGAGAACCACUGAAAACUGCUAUAUUUGUGGAACUUCAAAAACGACUGAUAAGUGAUAGCCUUCUGGACCCAGUGUCCCAGUGGCCAGUACUUCCAAGUCCCAGUGGCAGUUGCCACUUGGCCAGUGGCGUUGGACUAUGGUUGGAGCUCCGGACCCCAAUCGGCCGGAUCGAUGAAUCUUAAAAUAAUAUAUCGUAUUAAAAGGAUUUAAGAUCUUUUUAAAAUAUCUAACUGGCUUUAUCUCAAAUCAAUUGUUGACGGCUGCUGCACAAAUACAAAAAUUAAUUAGUCAGAAAUACAGAAAAGAACUAUCAUGGACAUUGAUAUCCGUGAGUUAAUAGACGAUGAGGAUGAUGAAAAUCAAGAAGAAAUGACUGCUCAGAAGGUAUUACAAAAUGUUGAACGGGCAUGGUUAAACGAAAAAUUUAGCCCAGAAAUACUGCCACAUCAGACAGAUUAUGUUGAAUGUUUGCUAGAACAAAUAAAAGGAAUGGAAGGAAACCUUGCCAAACUAUCUAAAACUGAUCCAAAAGUAGACUUGCACAAACUUGAACUAGAACGUAUUAAAUUUGUAAUAACUAGCUAUUUGCGAACUAGGUUGAAGAAGAUAGAAAGUUUUUGUGUGAGUGUGCUUGAAGAAGAAGCCACUCGUUCUGAAGAGGAUAAGUAUUUAUCACCGGCAGAGUUGCAAUUUGCUAAAGAAUUUGCUUUAAAUGCUGACAAUCAUUUUGAUACUAUACUUCGGCAUAUGCCUCAACUAUAUAAUAAAUUGGAUAGAAAUAAAAAAAUUAUAGAACCCAAUUUAAAUAGUUUUGUUUUUUUAAAAUGUAACAAGCAUAUAGACAGUGUUAUUAUUAAAAAUACAUUGGAAGGCCAAGAAGAAGAAAUUGUGUUAGAAGAUAAUUCUCAACAUUUGAUGCCUUAUAGUUCAGUUGCAGAAUUUGUGAAAAAUGGUACUGUUCAAUUGAUCUAAAAAUAUUAAAUAAAAGUUCAGCAUUCUUUAUCCAAUUUAUUAUUUAUUAUUUGUGUUAUAUAUUAAUUUCAACGCCAUCCAAAUAUUUUAAUAUAAAAAAUGUAAUAUAAUAUAUUAUGUUUAAAAUAAAUUGAUAUUACAAGUAAAA